CUCAAAGAGGUUAUGGAAGGGAACACUCGGCUGAAACAACAGUGACCACAGAUUCAGCUCACGUGAACGCGCUAAGGCGCGGUCUCGUUAACCAUCGGCUUCUUUCGGCAUUUUUCGCCUUCCCGGGCAGUUUAAUGGUUUAGUUAGCACAGCUGAUUAGCUUGCUGCUACCCAGCUAAUACCCGUCACUUAUUCACCGUUUUCCCAACUAGGGCGGAUGGCACAAGUGCUCUAACAAAUGGCGGAUGUCGAGGGGCACGCAUUUUGUACACCGCUGCCUCAGCAUUCAUCGUAUAACGGCACCCGGAGCGGCGAUAUCACGCCCGACGCCGGCGGCGGCUUCCAGACCCCGAGCACCACCGUGACGUCGGGCCCACGGCUCAUCCGAAUAGUCAAGUCAGACUCGGGCUACGGUUUCAACGUCCGGGGCCAAGUUAGUGAAGGAGGGCAGCUCCGGAGCAUUAACGGGGAACUGUACGCCCCGCUGCAGCACGUCAGCGCUGUCCUGCCGGGAGGUGCCGCCGACAUAGCCGGUAUUUCGAAAGGCGACAGGAUUCUUGAGGUAAACAGAGUGAAUGUUGAAGGCGCGACACACAAGCAGGUGGUGGACCUGAUCCGGGCCGGAGAACGGGAACUGGUAUUGACCGUGCUGUCAGUCCCGCCUCAGGAAGCCGAUUGUCUGGCUGUGGGAGGCGCUGAGCUCCAUCAGGAAAAGUUUGUGGUAUAUAAUGUCUUCAUGGCGGGAAGGCAGCUCUGCUCUAAACGCUACAGAGAGUUUGUGAUUCUACACCAAAACCUGAAGAGAGAGUUUGCCAACUUCACAUUCCCCAAGCUGCCCGGGAAAUGGCCUUUUUCUCUGUCGGAGCAGCAGCUGGAUGCGCGACGUAGAGGCCUGGAAGAAUAUCUGGAGAGAGUGUGCUCUGUGAGGGUCAUUGGCGAAAGUGACAUCAUGCAGGAGUUCCUGUCAGAAUCAGAUGAAAACUACAACGGCCUGUGGGAUGUGGACUUGAGAAUAGCCGUUCCCGAUAAGACCUCACUUACUGUGCGGGUUCGCAAAAAUUCCACCACUGACCAAGUGUACCAGGCUUUGGUCAUGAAGCUAGGGAUUGAUAGCGUAACAGCCAGCUACUUUGCACUCUUUGAGGUCAUCAACCACAACUUCUUACGAAAGCUUGCCCCCAAUGAGUUCCCCCACAAGUUGUACGUGCAGAACUACACUUCAGCCAUCCCGAGAACCUGCCUCACAAUGCGCAAGUGGCUCUUCACUACCGAAGAGGAGACGUUACUCAAUGACAACCAACUUGCUGUCUCCUACUUCUUCCACCAGGCCUUGGAGGAUGUCAAGAAAGGUUUUAUCAAAGUAGAGCAGAAGUCCUACCAGCUGCAGAUGGUUGCAGAGCAGAAAAAUAUGUCCAUGUAUCUGAGCUUGCUGAGAGGCUGUGAUGGCUACAAUGAAAUCUUGUUCCCUCACUGUUCGUGCGACUCCAGACGUAAAGGCCACGUCAUCGCAGCCAUCAGCAUUCAGCACUUCAAGCUGCACGCCUGCACAGAGGAGGGGACAAUCGAGAACCAGGUGAUUGCCUUUGAGUGGGGGGAAAUGCAGAGGUGGGACACAGACGAAGAGGGCAUGGCCUUUUGCUUCGAGUAUGCGCGGGGGGAGAAGAAACCACGUUGGGUCAAGAUAUACACACCUUAUUUUAACUACAUGCAUGAAUGCUUCGAGAGAGUUUUCUGCGAGCUCAAGUGGAGAAAGGAGGUGGAGGAGGAGUCCACGGACAAAGACAACAAGAACGUCUCCCACGACGGUAUGUGUGGCAAGAAUAUUUUCCAGCUGCUGAGGCAUCGAAGGGAUGGAGGCACCCAGCAAGAGAGAUCGCUAUCGCUUGACUACGCGGCAGAAUCCUCCGCUCUACCCGGCCCAGCCCUCUUCUGAAUGCAGAGACGCUUGCUCGGCUGUUGAGGACAUAGUCAGCAUUUACGCUUCCAUCCAGCAGAUCCCCCAAUUCCCAUUCAUAAGACCCAGCAAAACAUCUGCAAAACAACAAAACAUGUAGAUAACUUUUGAAAUCCAGCAUUUUAUCAGGCAUUGGGCGCCUCAAGAACAGCUUCACUAAAGUGCGGACAACUUAAGGCAGGUAAGUUCGCCUCAAUAGACUAAGCUGAACAGACAACUCUUUUGAAACUUUUGAAAAGGGAAACUGGAAAAUCUGGAGCAUGGAACCAUGAUCCUCAGGCAGGCUUGGCAUGUUGUAACGGGUUGUAAAAGCGCACGGGAACUGAUCAUGCAAGAAAAGGUCUUGUCAAAUAGAUGCAAAAUAGGCUCGUCAGACCCCCAACAAGAUACGACAGCCUUUGGCUUUUACACAGAGCUACAAGCAAAGCAAGAUAUUGCUGAAACUGUGUGUGCGUUCACACGGUGACGCGGUGUCACGCAAUUACAUAAACGCGCGACAACGUCUACAGUAUGGCGGCUAUGGUGCGGAUAUUACGUGUCAGUGUUAUUCAUUAGUCAAGCUCAGCAGAAUCUGUGAUUUUGUGUUUUUAAUUAAUUUAUCCUUUUGUAAUGUGGCAAAUG